UGCAAUUACUUUAUUACUAAAUCUAAAUGUAUAUUUGUGCAAAUUUUGUAUACAUUUCCUCAAGGUGUUCCUGAGAGAUAGUUUUCACAAAACAAACAGAUGGAUGGACAGAAGGACAACUCAAAAACAUAAUGCCUCUGGCUACAGCUAUCUCUGGCACAGAGACAUAAGAAAGCUUUAUAAAAACACUGAGAGAAAUGGUAUAUAAAACAAAUAAUGAUACUAUGAAGCAUGAUAAAAAUAACAUGUAUUUAUCCAUCAUUUAUUUAUUCUUAUAUAAAAUUAUAUAUACAUGACUAAAUAUGUUAUAAUAAAUCCUAAAAAGUGUGAUGAAAAAAAAGUACAGAUGAAGAAAUGACACAGGCUUUGUUGAGGUUUCCUGAAAACCAAAAUACAUAAAAGAGAGACACACAGGCAAUGUGACAGGAUGUGCUUGGUGCAGAAGACUCAGAAGACUCAAUAAUGAUGUUGUGCUUGUAUAUUUUGUCUGUUGUGUUUCAUGUGGCUGUAGGCUGCCCUCUUUCUGCUGAUACUCCAACAGAAAUCACAGGACGCAGAGGUGAUUCAGUGCUGUUACCCUGCUCCUGCUCUGACCUGAACACCAAACCUCAGAAACUCACCUGGGAGAUAUCCAAAACAGGACUUUUAAUAGAAGUGUUAAAUGACAAGCACUACAGUAAAAGAUUUCAGAUGUUUAUUAACACUUCUCCUGAUAAUCUGUCUCUGCUCAUUUCUGAUCUUAAAGAAGAGGAUCAAAGAUACUACAGGUGCAGGACUGAGAAGGAAUACAGAGACAUCAUGCUUUAUGUUAAAGGCUGUGAGCUGGUGAAGAAGACAGAGGUAGAGCAUGUGACUGUGUUCACUGGAGAGUCUGUAGUUCUGCCCUGCGUCUGCACUGACAUACAGGACAAACCACAGGCUCUAAAAUGGCAAUUUUUCAGAAUCAAUAACUCUCAGGAAAUUUACCCUAACCAGACUGGACAUCACAGAAACAGAGUCAAACUGGUCAGUAACAACUCUCCAGGAAACCUCUCUCUACUCAUAUCAGACCUGACUGAAGAGGACCAGGGAGAAUACAGAUGCUCUGUACAGGGUGACAAAAAAGAUAUCAGACUAUCUGUUAAAGAAAGAAAAGAAACUUUAAUACACUUGAGGAAAGCAGGCAUAACACCUUCAUCAAAACAGCCUCAAAGUAAAACCACAAACUCUCCACCUGCAUCAUCCUCAACAACACUGCAACAAGAUACAAAGCAAACACACAUCAACCUCCCUCUAAUUUUGGGCAUUUCGGCAGUUUCAUUGCUGGUGAUAUUCGUUGUAGUGGCAUUGAUUUGUUGGAGAUGCAGAGGACAAAUAUAUGGAGAGAAAGUGAUUACUGAAGAACAUGGAUUACAUCAAGAUUGUAAGAUAAUGCAGAAGAAUGUACCUCAUGCUGUUUACGGGAAUAUCACCUACACUGACACAGCUGGAGCAGCAUGCAUCCAGAUGGAUGCAGAAGAGGAAAAUAUAUAUAGCAUUAUAGCAAAUUAAGUCCUUAUAUGUAAAAAAAAAAAAAAAAAAGAAAUUUGUCAAUAUUGUUAACCCUGUGCUCACUAUGGUGUGUAUUUAAUAUACUGUAUGUGUUCAGCAUUUUUUAUAUAUAUAAUAUUGUAUAUGAUAAUGCUGAACACAUACAGUAUAUUAAAUACACACCAUGGUGAGCACAGGAUUCACAAUAUUGACAAAUUUAUUUUAUUUUUUUUUACCAUAAAUAGCAGAUUUAUUCAUGUGUAUGUUUUAAAGCAUAAUGUUGCAAAUAAAAUUUUGGUGUUUUUUGGGGGGAAGGGGGAGCAGAUGGGGGUGCAUAAAAAUCUUGCCUUGAAAUGUUCCUUUUAGACGACUUUCGAUGACUGCUGUCUAAGUUCUUGUUUGUGACCCUGUGUGGAAAAUCUGCCUGGCCCGAAUAUGUAUUCUGAUGCUUAGGUAUUACUGUCCUGAUGUUUUAACUGUAAUUUAUUAAUGAAUGUGUGACAGAGUGCUUGAAUGUACAGUAUAGUAUUACACUGUCACAAAGGACAAUUUUACAUCUUGAAGCUUGCUCUUCUAUACAGUAACUUAAAAGACAAAGCUCAAUUUCAUUGCAGCAAUGAAAAUUACAAUUAAGUUUCUAUUAUGUCUAAUAGGGUUCUGAUGUUUCUCCUAAAAUUCACUAUAAGUAGGUGAGACAGGACAAUUAGCAAGCCACUCAGUGUUAUUGAUGGCUCCUUUAUUCUCAUUUGGAGAGAAAAGUGCAAUACUAGAACUGUAUACAGUAUAGCUGUGUAUAUACUCCACAUCUCCUCUGAGGAUAUGCUUGGUGUUGGAUCAUUUGGGUGAGGGGCUUGUUGGGUGGUGCAUCUGUGUAUUGGGCUUGUUUCUCCAGUGCAUCCCAUGAGCAGUUGUCUAAAGGGAUCUGGGGCCAACCCUCUGGGGCUGCGCAGUGGGCUGUGGUGCACUGGGUGUUCUUUUGCCUUUCUAACAUGGCCAGCAUUGUGCUGCAUUGGCUUGUCUGUGGGAUGGGGCAGGACUGAUUGUGUCAGCAUGGUUGAGGGUGAAGAACCUUGCUCAAUGUCUUAACAGUGGCAGCCCAGUGAUGCUAGGGUUUUUUAAUGUGAUCCCUACUGCAGUGUUAGCCUCAUAGAGCUGGCCAGGGCCUUCAAAUUAUUGCACCUUACUUAAAAAUGAAAGCAAUUUGAAAAUCAAAAAAAUGUUUUCCAUCUUACGACCCUCGUAAGACCAACAGUCAACAUUCACACGCACAUUUAAACCUUAAAGGCAACUUGGGAAAGCCAAUUAGCCUAAUCUGCAUAUCUUUGGACUGUGGGAGUAAAGCAGAGUACCCAGAGAAAACCCACCAAGCACGGAGAGAACAUGCAAAGUCCAUGCACACAGACCCUGAAGCAGGAAUCAAACCUGGACCCUGGAGGUGCAAGAUGACAGCGCUAACCACUAAGCCACAGUUCUACAUUUAUUGUACUACAGUAACCAAUAGAUCUUUUUUAUAUUUUGAAAUGUAGAAUUUAUAGAUAAUAUAUUUGUAAAAAUCAUUCAUAAAUAAAUUAUCUUUAUAAAGUUUUAUUAAGUGGUACAUGGUUCAAAACUAAAUAAUGUCUGACUUAUUUACAGAAUUCACAGAAAAUAUUAUUUGGGUAAUGCCAUUAAGACUACAAUCAAUAAUUUUCGGUCUGUUUAUUUACCUUAGAAAUAUAUACUAAAAAUAUAUUCAUCAUAUUUUAAUUUAAAAAAAGCUCUUCAUGUGCUCUUUCUCAAAUCCCUAAAAGAUGCAUUAAGGGGUGGAAUGAGAACAAAUUGAGUCCAUAUAGAGAGCUCUGCGAUUUCUCUGCCUAUAAGUUUAAAAAGAGGUACAAAAGGUGUUAAUUGUUUUAGAGUUUAAAGAGAGCUUCUUUGAAGCUUGAAUCGCAAAUUUGCGAAUCUGCACAUCUUUUUCUUGCUUCACGCUUAGAGUAUAGCAUUGUCUUCUCCAGAAAGAAAAGAACAUGCUUUGCAUAUAAUACAAUGCAGCUAUAGGUUUUGCUCAUUUAUUUAUUUAUUGAUCUUCAGCAACCAUUUUGUUGUGGUCAGGGUCAUCUUAAAUACAGAGCGAGAAUUCAAAGUGGGGGAAUUCAGAUGAGACAACAGUCUAUUACAGGGCACCACUCACAUGUAUUCACACCUAGAAGCUAGUCUAAUUAGGCAAACCCACACGUUUUUGACACUGGAAGGAAACCCCCUAGAAAACUCCCUGUACAAGCACAUGAAAAACAUUUAAAAAACUCUGCACUGACUUUAAACAAUGUUGUAAAACCACCUUUGUUGUAAACCCUCUUUUAAUUCCAUUUUGUGUGUGUGUGUUUUUUUGUGUGUGUGUUUAUAUCAUUUUUGU